UCUAUUUACCUCCCUGUCCGCCAGCAUGUUGAGUAAAGUAGUUCCCCUGUUUGGCUCAUUAACCACGGUGUGACGAUACACUGAACUAAAACUUGCCUAUUUGCGUUUUUUAAUGUGCAGCAGUUAGUCCGCGCAUUAUUGCACGCGCUCUGUGUGAAGUUUGAAACCUGUUGUUUAUCGGUGAACUUCCCGGGAGAGGCGCCGUCCUCUCCCGUCCUGUCUUUGCUUACCUCUGAAAGGUGUCAGCGGGUGUUUCUCCAUGGAGGCCACAGCAAAGCACGACUUUGAUGCAACAGUAGACAGUGGAGUCACUUUAAAACGUGGAACAAUAGUGAAGUUUCAGUUUUCUGACAACAAGUGGUACAAAGCAGAGGUUGAAGGGAAGGAAGGCCUGGUUCCCCGCAACUAUGUCCAACUUAAACCACAAGACUGGUGUCAUGGUGGCAUAACUCGAGGGAAGGCUGAAGAGCUGCUGAGGAAACAGGGAUACGGUGGAGCCUCCCUCCUCCAAGAAAGCCAGAGCUCUCCAGGGGAUUUCACCCUCUCUGUCAAAUUCUGCAAGUCGAGGCUUUGUUUGACUUUAAACCUCAGGAGGAGGGCGAGCUGAGCUUCAAGAGAGGAGAGAUCAUUCAGGU